AUGGAUAAUCCUGGAAUAAUGGAUCCUUCAGCAUCGCUUUUAAAAAUUACUACAAUUACUACUACCAUAAACACGACUAUUCCGUCUGAUUCUAAUGCAACCUUGUCAAUCAGUCAGAACUUAAGUCAAGAAGCCACCUCAGAACCACCAGAACCACCAGAGCCACUAGAUAUAACUUCUAAUCCUGGCUCUACCACGAAUUUUACUUUUACUCAAAAUCAACAACAAUUUGGCCCAAACUUCAAUGUUUCUAAUGAUACAACUACAGACACAACCUUUACAAAUACUUCAACUAUUGUACCACCAUUAGAAGCUUCAAAUAUUGAUGAUACAUCAAUUAUCACUACUACUACAUCGUUACCACCAUCUUCCUCUUUCUCAUCACAACAAACUCAAUAUACCGUAUCAUCAAAUCCUUUAACUUCUUUGUUAAAGAGUUUUUAUCCUUCAUCGUCAUCUGUAACAACAAUCACCACCACCAGUCUAAAGAAAGUCCUUUUUGGUCAAUUUUCUAUACCACAAAAUAUUGAAGAAAGUCAACAGCCUACUAUUUUCCAAACAACGUCCGAAACAGUUGAUAUUACUACUCAGGACAUUAACUUAGAUACUACCAAAGACACUAAACAAUCUUCAACAUUAUCGUCAACAAUAAUACCAUCAUCAUCUACUACUUUAACAAAUACUACCAUCACUACAACAACCACCACUACUGCAGCAACAAACGACGCUAAUAGUAACAAUAAUAACAAACCAUUGUUUACUUAUAAAAAUCCAUUUGAUCUUUUUAAACAACAAUCUCCACCCCCUUCGCCUACCUCUUCCACUUCUAAUCCUGAUCAACAAUUCAAUUCACCUUGGUUUUCUUCUCAUAAAAAAAAUGAAACCCAAUCAUCUUCAUCUUCAUCACAAAAAGAGAGUGGUGGCAUGUUACCAAAACCAUUACACAGUGUUGAAACACAUCUUUCAAGUUACUCUGCUUGGAAUGUUCGUGCUGUCAGUAAAUUAAAACAACAGUCAAAUUUUCCUGAUGGUGUAAGAUUACCAAGAGGAGUUCUUUUAUAUGAUACUGGCAAUCGUAAUGAAAAUGUUUUGUGUACAAAAGAUUUGGAUCUCACUACAAUAACACUUGUUUUAAAUGAAUUGGAAUAUCGAUCAGGAAAAUUGAUAGCCGAGGAAAAAUUCGGGUUAUUGAUACUUUAUUCGGGAGAUGCGGAUAAUGACAAAUCUUUUAAAUAUUUGCUUCUAGUACUUGGAGAGAGUAGGAUUACAAUUUGGGAGCUUUCACUUUCAUCAGGCGGAUCAGAUUCAGAAAUAUUAUCUAAACCCUUACUUGAAAUUGAUGGUAAAGCUUUGAUGGAAGAUAACAAUAAUCAACCAAGAUUUCAUAGAGCAAUUUGGCAUACAGUAAAUCCUAAUAUCUUUGCAGUGGUAGUUGAUUUUAAUGACGUUUGGAUCAUAAAUAUUGCAAAAAUAUUAUCAAUAAAUAAUAAACCUUCAAAUGUCAAGGUCAAUGAAACUGAUAUUGCUGAUUAUGUUUUGAAAACAGGAAAAUAUGGAAAGUUAAUUAGCGAUUUGGCAUUUUCACCUGAUGGAUCUACUUUAGCAACCGCAAAUGAUGACAGUGUUAUUUUUUGGAAAUCGAAUUUCAAUAUGAAUGAUGUCACCAGCAAUGAUGAUAAUAGUGACGAAUUUAGCAAUGGCAAUCUUGAUCCUAUCAAAAAAAUAAUUUUAGACGGGCAACAAGUUUCCUCAGUUUUGUUUGUUGAUGAUAGUGACGAUAAUAGUAAUACGACUUUAGAACAUAAUAAUAGUUCUUCUUCAAAUUUCCGAUAUGUAGUUCUUGGUACUGAACUUAACACUAAUCUUCACCUUUACGAUGUUGAAACAGCUCAAUACAUUCAAUCUAUCAAAUUUUUGCCACCUCCACCGGAACGACACGUCUUCUCCACUAAAAAAUCAUCUAAUAGUCGUAAUAAAGAAGAACAACCAAUGUUCAAUUGUAUUGGUUACGAAAGAACCAAUAGGACUUUAUUAGUUGGCAAUAGCGCUAGAGUCUCAAUAUUUGCCUUACAUUUGAAUCUACCCAGUCGUAAAAAACUAGAUUCGUCAUCAUUUGAUGAUUCGGCCCAAUUCAAUUAUAUGAUUGAAUUUCCAGUUGGACAACUGAUUGGAAAUUUUGUUGUUAUCCCAGAUGCAACUAGUGGAAAUGGCGUUUUAACAUUUUGUACUCAAACAAAAGCUGUUCAACAAUAUCAUAUUCGUAAUGAAUUAUUACUGCCAAACAAUUUCAAAGAAUGCCCGGAAUUUGUUAAUGAAGAAGAAACUAUUACAAAUGAUGUUGAUAAGAAAGAUAUCGAAGGUUCAUCAACCAAUAGAAAUAUAAUUCUCGAAUCAUCUUCUACAUCUUCUACCACCGCCAUAUUAGAUUCAAAUAAUAAUGCCACAAGUUCUUCUAACCAAAAUGUGACAGAAUUCCCUUCUGACCCUGAAAGAACAACUACAAGAAGAAAAGAACAACAUGCUAAAUCAUCUAGCAAAAAAGGUGAUAACAUAACAACGACAAAUAAAUCUGGUGGAAAUGAUAAUAAUAGUAGCAAAUCAAAAAAGACAGAAGAAAAUUCUAGAAAUUCCGGCGAAAUAAAAAAAAUGGAAGAUACUGUUUCCAACAAGCUUGGAAAACUAUUUUCUAAAGAAUUGGAAAAACAAUUUCAAAAGAUUGAAGAAGAUCGUAUUGCUCAUCAAGCAGCUGAAACGUCACGUCAAGAAACGAUUUUAAAAGUUGUUUCACAAACACUUAGUACAAACACUGCAAAAUUAUUGGAGACGACAGUUCGUAAUGAAAUUCAAAUUAAUGUUCUUCCGUCAUUAAGUAAGAUGGUCAACAGUGCAAUAGAUAAGCAUGUUCAUAGAGGAAUAACUGAAGCAAUGAAUAAGAGUAUUCCAAAUACCAUAGAAAAAUCUAUCUCAGAUCAAAUACAAAGAAUGCUAGCAAAGAAUGCAGUCAUUGAACCCAUAGCUAAAGGAGUAUCCAAAACAAUAAAACCAGUGAUCGAAGAAAACUUUAGAGAUUACUUUGAAAACAUAAUCGUUCCAACAUUUGAAAAAUCAACAAAUUCAAUGUUUGAUCAAAUCACUUCUAUGCUUGAAUCUGGUCUUCGGGAUAUUAGUAUUAGUACAACUACUCCACAAUCGUCAUCAACAACAGUUCUUCACGAUCAAAAUGCUACAAAUAAUAUAACAAGAUUACAAACUUCCGUUGAUCAUCUUACUUUGCAAGUACAACAAUUGCAACAAUUCUUGCAAUCACAACAACUAAUUACUAAUUUAACAACAAGACAUCAUCAAUUGGCUCGUUCAUUAUCAGGGGAAUUGAAACGGAUUUUAAUUCCUCAAUCUUCUUCAAAUAUUUCACAAACAUCCCCAAUUACUCAGACAGAUCCUUAUCAAUAUCCAUCAUCAUUUGCUAGAUCUUCUUCUGCUGUUUCUGCUGAUCGUCUUUUAGAAAUGGGAAAUUAUGAUGAUGCUUUUGCUACAAUUUUAGCAACACAUGACCUACAAUCUAUUCUUCGUUUAUGUAGCAAGGUUAAUCCUAGUGUUAUAUUUGAUUCUUCGAGUAAUUUAGUUUCUCAGCCUGUUAUUCUUUCCCUUGUUCACCACUUAUCUAUGGAUCUUCAUAAAUAUCAAGAAUUUAAGUUAAAUUGGCUGGAAGAAACUAUCAUAAAACUUAAUCCUAAGGACCCACUUAUCAAAGAUCACUCUGAAAGGAUUUUACCAACAGUUAAACAACGUCUUGAAGAGCGUUACUUUCAAGUGGAUACUCAGGAUAGUAAUGAUCCAACUUUAAAAUCUAUUUCAUUUUUGGUUCGUGUACUGAAUAAUUUGACGGUAUAA